AUGGCGGUUGAACGAGAACGAGAUGCAUCGCCUUCUGAGGCCACGCCUCUGAUGGAGCGCACCCCUACAUACAACGAGGAAACACAGACAUCGCUUUCGGUCUUUCGGGGAACCAUUCUAGUCAUUGCUGUUGGCUUAUUACUAUUCAUUCAGACCACAAAUAUCUCAAUGUUGACCACUGCCCAAUCUGACAUUGCUGCAGAUCUCGAUGCUUUCUCAGAGACUACCUGGUUCAGUUCAGCAUAUCUCAUUGCAAUGUCCAGCGUUACUCCUCUAGCAGGACGUCUCUGUCAGAUCUUCACGGCCCGUAGUUACACGCUUUUCUCGGUCAUACUGCUAUCCAUCGGACUAUUCAUCACUGCAGCUGCUCAGAGUCUGCCGAUAUUCCUUCUGGGGCGCGCAGUAUCUGGGUGCGGUAGUGCCGGCGUCAUGGUCACAUCCUUCAUCUUGAUCCUCGAUCUUACGAGCAAGGAACGAAGAGGUCUUUUUAUCGGCUUGCUUAAUGUCGGGCUGACGACUGGCAUCUCAUGUGGCGCCGUUAUUGCCGGGCUAUUGACGCCCAAGUAUGGAUGGCGUCUCAUCUUCUGGAUCCAAGCACCUGCAUCAUUGAUUCUGGGCUUGGUCGAAUUUUUCGCUGUCCCCGGCAACACAGUAAAGGGCUCCAUCGAGCUCGGGGCACAGUCAAACUUGAAGAAACUUGCCAAGGUCGACUAUCCAGGUGCCUUGACUCUAACCGCCUCGGUAUUUUUGCUACUCUUCAGUCUUGCAUCGCCCGAUUCAAGUGUCACAGUUGCGCCUCUGGUUCUGAGUGUUGUGUUUUUCUCUAGCUUCCUCCUGAUCGAAUCGAGAUUCACCUCCGAACCAAUUAUCCCAAUCGAGGUCCUCAAAGCUAAAAGCGUUUUGGCCACUUGUGUGGCAGCUCUCAUCUCGAUGAUGGCCCGCUGGUCGAUCCUCUUCUUCACCCCCGUAUAUGCAAUGGCGGUUCGAGGAUGGUCUCCUGCAUCGGCUGGGUUGAUCCUGGUUCCAACCAAUGCUGGGUUUGGUCUUGGGGGUCUACUUGUUGGAUGGAUCCAUAUUCGCAAGACAAGUAGCUACUACAUCUCAACCCUGGUCGUACUUUUGUUAUUUGCUCUGACAAGCUUCGUCCUGGCCUUGCUCUCAACGCCGUCUUCAUCAACCGUUGCUUAUGUUGUCGCCACCUUUCUCAAUGGCUUCUUCAUUGGCGCCUCAAUGAACUAUGCGCUCUCCCAUAUGCUUCAUCUCACGAACCCUGAUGUGCACUACAUCACUACCUCUUUAUUAGGCAUGUUCCGGGGCUCCGCCGGAAGCUUUGGAUCAGCCAUCGGCGGCGGCUUCUUCCAGCGUGAGCUGAAGAAAGCGCUUGAGAAGGGGUUCGGUGAGAAUGGUCUGUUUGAUAAGGGGGAACUUGUUCGCAAGUUGUUGGGAAGUCCUGCGCUGGUGGGACGAUUAACAGACACGGAGAAGAAGGUCGCCGUUGAGAGCUAUGAGCACGCUAUCAAGGUAUUGAUCCUCGGAGGCUGCGUUCUCGCUCUGGUGUCGACAAUCGUCCAGGCUUGUACUGGAUGGUCAGCACCAUUGGGGAUGGAGAAGGGAGAUGGAGACGAUGUAGAGCGAAGCUCUGAAGGGGAGGAGUAA